UAACACGCAUAUCUUCUAUAGAGCUUACACAAAUCACACGUCGGUCGGGCAGCGAGAUCGCCACGUCCUUCAACACACAGAAAUUUCAACAUAUUUUUGUUUACUUUAUGUAUAUGUGUUUUAGCAGUCACAUCUGAUAUAUAUAUUUAGUGAGAUAACAGUUCUUAACAUUAAAUGGCAGUCAAUGCUGUGGGUUGAGAAUGACGAAUCCCGCUUUUAAGAUGAUACGUCUGUGGCUGCUGUUACUGUUUGCAGACCUGGCCCUCUCACAGAACAGUGGUACAAGUGAAGACAAUAAUAUGGUUCGGUUCAUGGGCAACGGAGCGUAUAUCUUUUACAACCUAACUGCAUGGGGUCAAAAACAUCAGUCAAUGCUUCUUGAGGCUCAAAUUGAGAACUUCUCUUUCAAAUUCAUCACCAGUGAACGAGAUGGCCUGAUCUGGAUUGACGACCGCAGCACAGAACAACUGUAUAUCGGUCUAGUAGAUGGCGAUCUCGUCUUCGUUUUCGAUGAUCACGUACGUCCUGCAUCCAUAUCGAGGCUCCAUACUAGUACUGACGUCACGGAUUUCACAUGGCAUUCCUUCGAAAUUAAACGAAGUAAUCGAAAUCUUCGGUUCUUCGUGGACGAGCGGAUGAUAACAGAGGUCAACAUGCACAAGGAAAUCCAGUUCAUCACAUCCAGCAACAUCUACCUGGGCGGGGCUCCAAACAUGACGUCACUUACUGGUGGGAGGAUCACUUCCUCGUUUAACGGUGCUUUGUACCUAGCUGUGUAUGUGAAAACCGUAUCUACGAAACUCAUAAAAGUCAGCCUUUUUCACUACAUCAACACAGGAGGAGACAAACAUGGCGAUAUCACAGUAUUGAAGUAUGGUCAGAACCUCACAGGCACACAUUCGACAACGUCAUCAGAUCCGGUGUACAUCAUCGACGUCAUCGCUCUCAGAUCCACUUCGGUGCACAUUCCCGGAUGGCUAGACCUCCGUAGAGGUGGAAGUUUUGGAUUUCGCUUCCGAACCUUCGACUCGGACGCCAUUAUUCUUUUCAGCGAACGAUUGAUGAGCCGUCAGUUUUUAAUAUUUAUUUCACUAGAAUUAGUGGAUGGCCGACUAUACUUUGUCUACAACUUAGACGUUAGUGUGAAAAGAGUGGAAAUCCCUGGGACUAAUUUAGGCAAUGGCAACUGGCAUGACGUCAGAUUCGAUUUCCGGCCAGGCAGUGUCGUUGUACAUUUGGACCAACAGGACAAAACUGUGCAGUUUCUGUCGUCAGAACAGAGCCAGUUAUUGUUUAAUAGAGGGCUUUAUAUUGCCGGUCUCCCGCCCCAGCGGGACUUCCCAGGGUUCCUCUGGUCUAAACGUGGUUACAACGGCUGUUUCAGCAACUUAAAGAUUGAUGCAAAUACCACCAGUAUACGAGAAUCAGUACCCGUCAGUGACCAACCCGGCCUCAGUACAACAUGUCAGCUGUCGUCUCACUGUACCGUUAGCUCCUGUUCCCACGGGACUUGUCGGGAGGGCAUGGAUAGGUUUGUCUGUGACUGUGAGGGAUCCGGCUACCAGGGAAUUACCUGUGGUAAUGUGGCUCCCAUUGGUCGAUUUCGUGGUGACACCUAUGUGACGUAUAGUUACAAUUCACCGUAUGUGUCCGGUAUCAACGACUUCAGUUUGAGGUUCAACACCAUGAUGCCAAAUACGUUCUUGUUUCAAACCGAGGCUAAUAAGAGAACCGAGUACAUCCGGGGGGAGAUCAAAGAGGGCAGUCUGAAGAUUACUGUAUUUGCAGCCGGUAAAACUAAGGAGUUCUACACGGGGUCUGCUCUAAACGACUUGAAGUGGCAUACAAUGUUCCUACGACGGCGUGGCAGGAUGAUUGAAUUGUGGGUUGACAAUCAGCGUCACGUGACAGGCUAUCUAGACAGUGACUACCCGUCAUUCACGAUCGACAAAGUUAACAUCGGAAAUUACCGGCGGAUUCAAAGCGUCCCAGGAUUCCUACCGUACAGUGGCUACAUGCAGAGCGUCAACAUCGGCGGCGUGUACGUAUUCGACGUUCUUAGGAGUCAAUCAGACGUUACCAUCGACUGGUUCACAAAUGUGACGUCAUCAAGCAUUCUGAAUUUUCCGGUCUUCAAUCCAAUCACCGUUUUAUCGCAAGACGCAUACCUUAGGAUAGCACUUCCGGUUUCGGCGCAGAGGUUUCACGUCGUGCUUAAGUUAAGGACGGACAGAUCCACCGGUGUUGUAAUGGUUUGUGAGGAUAGCACGGGCAUGCUCCUUUAUAUCGAGAUCGUCCUAGGUCACGUGUUGGCUGGGUUUCUGGGAAAUAACAGGAAGUAUUCCCGGCGAAUUGCACAGCUCGUGGACAACUCCCAGUGGCACACCAUCGAGGUCAGGGAACAGGAACGAGCUGUUGGACAAUCAAAGUAUUCCAUCCGUGUCGAUAAUGUAAUCAAUAACAUGAGCACAUUUAAUACUCCCGCGUUUAAUGUCACUCAGAUGUACCUAGGGGGCGUGCCGGUCAGUAUGAUAAAGGGAAGUAGCGCCAUCGGGACGGCAAUCCAUUCAAAGAUCGGAUUUGUUGGCUGUCUUUCGUCAGUCUACGUCAAUAGUCAAACACCUGAUCUAAGAAGACACACCAGCAAUCCAGCCAUUCUCACAGGAACAUGUAGUCGUACGUCAGGAUUGACGGGACAGCCGAGGCCGACGCCUGAGGCAGUGAUACGUUAUACCGUGCAGUUCCCGGGGAUAGGUGGAUACGUGUUAUAUCGCCUCAGUAAUCUAGCCAGGCAGUACCCGGAUAUCAUCCAACAGACACCAAACAAUGAAACGUUCGCCGUCCGCUUCCGAACCCAACGCCAGGACGGCCUCAUCUGGAUGGAGAGACGAGCCGGACAGACGCUGUAUCUUGCACUCAGGGGUGGCCAUCUUGUAUUCGGUAUAGACAGCGAUACAGGAUCUCCACAGAUGCUAAAAAUACCCUCACAGCAUAACCUUGGAGACAGCGCGUGGCAUGACUUCAAGCUGGUGCGAGUCGGUCGACAUCUUAAAUUCUACAUCGACAAUAAACUGACAAAAGAGACGGAAUACCAGAGCACACUGCAGCUGGCUUCCACGGGCGAUGUGUAUGUGGGCGGAUCGCCAGAAACGUCCUUAUACACCCGAGGUCAGGUGACCACCGACUUCGGCGGACAGCUGACCGGGGUCGAGUACAGGAAGGGUGCUUCUAACACUUUGAUGAACCUGAUAUCUGAAACUGAAACUCUUGGUGCCAAACACGGUCGUGUGACAGUAUAUAACAACCCGGAUGUGACCUUAGGCCCCAGCGUUCCGACCACCCCUACGCCACCCGGCCAGACAGUCACGCUGCUUGACCAAGCGACAUUUCGUUCGUCCGCAUGGAAGAUAGGAAACUACAUUGACCUCACCACUGACGGAAUGGUACAGUUCGCUUUCCGUACCUUUGACAGGCGAGGUCUUAUCUGGUUCGCUGAGCGACUCGGCUCUCAAAUCUUCCUUGGAGUAGAGUUGUUUGACGGCAAGGUGUAUUUGCUGUUCAACUUUGGACAGGGUGAUAUUCGGCGACGCCAGAUAUCUACCGGCACAGUCAGCAAUGGUCAAACCAAUUUGGUCAGACUGACUGUUGUCAACAACGUCCUUACGGCUUCGGUAGGCAGGAAUAUCGUUCAUGAGCGCCUUGAUCCGGUCACACAGAACCAGAGGAACUUUAAUGGCGGUCAGUUUAUCAGUGGCUUACCGAGUUAUCCCCCUUACAUCUGGUCUGGCGAAGGUUUCAACGGCUGCUUGAUGCAACUUAUCAUAACAGCCACAGCUACCGACUUGCCGGGAAUAAAAACACUUCCUACUGACGACCCAAGUAUAAGUCCCGGAUGUGUGUCAAGUGACCCGUGCAGUAGAAACCCAUGUAAGCGUGGAACAUGUUACAGCAGUCUUGACGUGUUCGAAUGUGAUUGUACUGCCACCGGAUAUACCGGCCAAACGUGUUCCGAACUUGCGGUUGUCGGUGGCUUUACCGGAAGCAGUGCUGCAGUUUACCGUAAACAGGACCCACAGAAGUCGUACAUUAACGACAUUGCAGUGCGAUUUAAGACAAUGUUCCCGAGGGCAAUACUGUUCCAGACUUACUCUAACAGUACGGAAGAUUACAUCAAAGGAGAGCUAGUCGACGGAAGUGUUAAAGUCACGGUAUACAAAGACGGCGUCACAGACACUCACUCUACCGGUUCCCAUCUGAACGAUAACAUGUGGCACAACCUGUACAUCCAGCGACGUGACGAAAGACUGGAAAUCUGGGUCGAUCAGCGACCUCACAUAUCCGGUACUCUCCGAGGAGAUGAUUUCUACAUCGACAUCAGCGGAAUCCAUCUUGGCAGCGGAACCGGAAGUGGAACAGGGAUCAACGUUGAUGGACAGUUACCUCCAUUUAUUGGCUACAUGCAGAAUGUUUACUUCGAUGACAUCGACAUCAUUAGUAGACUACAUGCUAUUCCUAAUGUUGGAAUCGCCUGGUAUAACUCAACACCUACGGACGGGUAUGACCCACUCAUCUAUGACCCCGUGACCUUGUCGUCAAGGGCAACCUACCUUGAGCUUGGCACACUUCCGGUCUCGACAGCUCUCCACAUCAAGUUCAAAUUCAGAACAGGACAGGCCGAUGGUCUGCUUCUUUUCAACGAAGGACGAAAUGGGGAAUUCAUUGCCAUGGAAGUUGUACAAGGAAAAGCGUUUUUUGUGUGUAAUACCGGCCUCAAUAACACUGUGAGUUUGCAACUAAAAUCAGUGAACGAAAACCAGUGGCAUAGUAUUGAGGUAAAGGGGACAACAAGAAACAAUCAACGGUUCUACCAGGUCCGACUGGACGAGAUCGAGCAUUUAGUACCGAUACGGGCUGAACUGGAGCCAACCCGUCCCCUGUUCCUCGGAGGACUCCCACGGGACAUGUACAUCACCAAUUCCAUUGUAAAGAAAAGUCUGAGGUCUGACAAUGGUUACAUGGGGUGUAUCGCGUCCGUUUACCUCAACUCUGGGAGACCCAAUCUUGACACGUACUCAAAGGAUAAUUCCGUGAUCUUGGGGAGUUGCAAAGACAUCACUGGGUUUUGUCCCCCAGUGGACCCCUGUCAGCAUGGCGGCACAUGUAGAGUCGGAGUUAACCGUUACCAAUGUGACUGUGAGGAAACGGGGUAUUCCGGACCACACUGCGGCCUGCAUCCAAUUGGGAUUUACUUUGGGGAGCGAGAACAGCCAGGCGUGAUAUCCUACACAUUAAAACAGGAUGUGACGUCAUCACAGGACUCUCUUGUGUUCGGCUUUAUGACAAAGCGAGCAGACGGCACCCUAGUAAGGCUGGAGAGUUCCUCGGGAAGGGAGUACAUCGUGAUACGUAUGGAAGGCGGUAAUGUGGUGGCUCACUAUGACACAGGAUCUGGCGUGAAGACACUGACAUUGGCCGAUAAGAGGCUGAACGAUGGAAAGUAUCACGUGGUACACUUUUACAGGGACGAAUUAGGAGCCCGCCUCCAGGUCGACGGGGUCGUAACGACAAUUGAUGGGUCACAGUCCUCUUUCGACCGGCUGAAGUACGUGUUUCUGGGAGGCCGACCGUCAUCAGACGGCGGAGUCAACAACGCUUUCUAUGGUCUAUUGGGAGGGUUUUACUAUAACCGCAUGGGGCUUAUUGAUCAAUACCUCGCCAACACCGCCGGUUUUACAGUGACAGGAGACACAAGCUUCGUCCAGGACCACCAUUAUGAACUGGUACCUCCAGGUGGUAGAUAUGAUGGCUAUAUACACAUUUCACCCGAUAUCGGAGGUGGCGGUGUGGCGGGAAGGUCCUAUGGCGGAAGUAAGGAAAUUAACAUUGGGGAUGGUACAAAUCCGGGUACGGACGGCGGGGGCGCACUUCUUCCGGAAUCUUUACCAGCUGUUGCAUCAGCUUUUACUGCGCCCAAUCUAAUACCAAUGAGAGCGACCGAGACAGGACCCAGGGCAGGCGCUUUGAUUGGCACUAUAUUAGGAACAUUGGCUUUUGCAGCAAGUAUGCUUUGGGCUUUAUGGCAAUGCAAACCUGGAAUUUUACCCUGUUGUGGAAAUGGUGGAUAUUUGGAUCUAGCGAAAUUUGGAUUCGAUGGAGGAAAUGUAGCCAGUGGCGGAAGUGGUGCGGGAGGUGGAACUGGUGGCACUAGCUCAAGUGCUAAAGUGUCAGGUGACGUCAUAUCCGGUGGGGCGGUAACAGGAAACACCAGUCAACUACAGGUGUCUAGUCUCUCUAUGGCAAAGUCAAUCAGUGGAUGUGAUGAAGACAACGGUUGCGCUGCUUCCAGUGGUGGAGCAAAAGUAACCAUUGGAAAUAGCGAGGCAAAUCAAAAUGCAGGGGGUUCAGCCUUUGCCUAUUACUCGACCACUGGUAAUUCAAACGCCGCGUCAUCAGGUGGGCAAUCAUUACAAACUAGCUCUGCGAACCAGUCGAUUGAAAAUUCCACCGUCAAUAGCUCCAAAGUUUUCUAUUCCUCUACAUCUGGUGUAACACUGGUAAAUGAUAGGUACCAAGAAGUUUCUAAUUUCAAUGAAGAAUCGAAUUGGGACUCCAGUACUAUGAGAUCAACGACCUGUCUAAUUGAUUCCGGAACAAUGCAGUCAUCGACGUCGUUGGUAGACGCUGGUGGAUCGUCAUCGUAUUCGCACUCCGCAUCGGCUACUAACAUAAAUUUAACCACGAUCGGUGGCAGUGGUGGGACUUUCCUGGGUAACAGCGCGGAAGCUCAUGGAGAGUCGACCACAGCGGAUUAUGAUUUUCCUAUGGGAUAUAAUGAGACCUGUUCUAACUACACGACCAGCAACACAUUAAAACAGGAAGGAUUUUCCUCGUCAACAUCAUAUAAGAAUCAGGUCGAAGUUGGAGGUCAGUUCGGGCAGAUGUCUUACUCGCCGCUGGCUGUUACCCCCGGGGCGGCUGGAGAAGAGGUCAGGGUCGACUGCUGCUUCGUGACUGAUGAUGGCUCAAGUGUCGUCACAGGGUCUUCGUCGGGUCCUCCUCAAGUCUGGAACAUGCAGACAGGAGAACUGUUGAGAAUCAUGAAAGGGGACACAGUUGGAUCGUCCAGUCUCAACCUGGCCUGUUACGACAGUCUCUUAGUGGGGACCGUACAAGCCGACCUAGACGUUAAUGCGUUCUCUAUCGGCAAAGGUGUCACGCACAAAAAACUCCAGGUUUGGAACUUUGUGACGGGGAGACCGUUGGAAAUGGGACCUUCCGAUACCUGUUCAGCUAUAUGUUUGACGGAUGACAAGGAAUCCGUCGUUUUUGCUAAAUCCGACAAGUUUGGAAACGGAACCACCAUCACCCUGUGGGACCUGAUGGGCAACCAGAUAGUGAAGCAGGUCAGAUACGACGCUCCAGUCGGCAACAAUGAUUACGUCAACUUCCUGUCGCUUUCCAGUCAUGACAAGUACUGCGUUGCUGGAUUCACAAACACAUUCGACAACCAAAUCGAGUUUCUUACGUUCGACAUGUCGACGGCAACUGGUGUAAUACAAAACCCGAAUAUCAUAAAACUGGACGCUUUCUCGGAAUGUACUGUUUUGUUACCUCGAGACGAGGCUGUGACUGGUCUACGAGACGGAAGUCUCGUUGUGUGGAGCUUGCGCACAGGACAAACACGUCGCAAUCUUUUGGCGGGUUCGGAAUCACAUGGACAUGCUUCGGCAGUGACCGAUUUGGCGCAUUCAGUGGACAAGAAGUUCUUGAUUUCGGCUUCAGCGGAUAAGACACUGAAGAUAUGGAAUAUGGACAGGGAACAACUGACCAGGACUUUGACCGGACACGCAGAUGAGGUUUGGUGCACGGCGGUCUCACAAGAUGGCGAAAUCGUGGUAUCUGGUUCCCGUGAUGGAUCAAUUAGACUUUGGCGACUUGAAGACGGAAGUGAGAUCUGCGCAUUUGCAACCGGAAUUGACGUGUUUUACGUCACCAUGAGUCACGACCGGGGUACAAUUGUUGCACUGGGUGACAAAUACAGUGCACGAAAGCUGAUCAUGCUGCAGGUCGUUCAUACAAAAAUCAGAAAAGAAAUAGUCUCAUAAAGUGAUGACGUCAUCGUCAACUUCUGUAUAUAUAUCGAGAGACCUACGUUACAGACAAAAUGCUCUUCUAAAAACUCUCGUUUUGAAAAUGGAUUCCCAUAAAUGUUUUACUUAAGUUCAUAAACUUAUUUACGCGCCACACAAGGAAAACUGUGGCAUCUUUUAACAUCCUUUUUAGUGACACUUUUUUUUUCUCUCGAAUUCCACCGAGUUUUAGUUACGAAUGUCACGUGUGAUGGGAGUAUGUGUUCUUCCUGUAAUCCAAACUAAUCAGAGAGCUGUGCCAGCAAUAAGCUAAGAAAGUGUUGCGCAGUUCCCGACUACAUCACUUUAUAGAUACUAUUUAAUGAGUUAAGAAUAUAAUAUAUCAGCCAAAUUCGUUCAAAUUCACAAAAUUUAACACUACGACAAAGUUAGCCUGCUACCAAUGCCAGCCUAAUGUACAAAAUGACUGCCAAAACACGUGUCUUUUGUUCCAGUAAAUUGUAUCUCGGAAACGACGAUUUGCAUUAUAUACGCUUGUGUACUAAAUAAACGGGCGCAUUAAACUAUCCAUGGAACCAUGAAUCUAACAGGAUGGGCAAGGGUUACAGUGAACCUCCAGUUAAUAAAAUCCUACGUUUUACUUUAUUUCUGCAGCAUAAUUUGUUUAUGUGGGGUUUUUUUCAAUGUAUGUGAUUGUAUGUAAAUUGUGUUAGUUAAAAACUUGAUUCGGUUUUUAGACGAAUGUGAUUCUGAUUACUUUUCAAAUAUGAAUUAAAAUUAACGUUUUUUUCAAUACAAAAUGAUAAUAACGUGUUUUUUAAUAUAAAAUGAACUCCAGGGAUUUAAGUUAUGUUACCACCGACCAAGUACUGUAUACGCCUAUCUUUUUCUGCAUACACUUUUAUCUCGGGAAAUUGUUUAACUAGAAUAAAUUGCAUUCUGAAAACGUAAUAAACUGCUUGCAAUUCUA